AAAAUGCCUUGAUCGGCGUAUGGGUUUCAUGCAGCGCACAAGAAAAAGGGGAAAGGUUAUAAAAUUAUUUUUAUCCGAGUUAUUAUUUAGUGACGGACAUGGUUACACGUCAUUGAUCCAUUUUGCAUCUGGAAAGACCAAGACAAAGUCCUCAAACAUGCCAACUUGUUAAUUGCUAUUUUGUGAAAGAUUUUGACUUCACAGCGAUGACAUCAAAACAUUGAGAGUGAGACCAUUCAAUUCCAUUUUCCUGACACAAUGUUGGCGGGGAGUUCAAAUCUUGGCAGGGUUGGUUCAAGAAGAUUGGUGCCGUAUAUUGCCUUGCUAGUUGUUACGAAAUGCUUGAGGGCGCUUGGCCUCUUCCUGGCGUAUGACGUCCUCAAAGUUGUCCAUCUCAUCAUCUUUGUAUUUCUCAUCAAAGCUGGUUCUGCUGCCUUAUUAUUGCCUAUUCAAAGACCAUUUUCAUCAGGGAAGAGAUUAAGUAAAAGACAGUGGGUACGUGUUUUUCGUCAUGCAUUUUUUGGUGCUCUGAUUACAUUACUCUGGAUAUUUGGGUUGACAUUAUGCGGAACUGUAAGGACUGUUCUACUGUUUGAUCACAGUGAUGUGGUUGUAUCAGCGGCAGUGGCAGCCCUCUUCACUAGUAGAGGAGGGGGUCCAGCUAGGACGAGGGGUGCCUUUGUGUUUCUGAUUGCUGUCUUAUCCCUACUGCUGUUUGAUGUCGACCUGAAAGUUGCACAAGUUGCUCAUCCUGAAGGUCAUCACAAUAGUGCUAUAACUCAUCUCUUCUACCAAACUAUUUCAUUGAUUGGGGUAUCGGACCACAGGGGAGGAGUGCUUCUCCUUGUACUUCUACUCUGUGUAAACAUUGCUUAUAAGAACACAUCUAAGAAGCUCUCUGUGGAUAUAGGUGGCUCUAAGAGACUACACGCUUACUCCACCUUAAUACAAGCUGCUAUGCUUCUUCCAUGGGCCCUCUUCCAUAUGUACAUUCACGAUAAUCAAGUUCAAUCCUGGUGGUCACUUUUCUUACCUCUCACCUCCAUCAUCCUAAUAGUCUUCAUCUUAGAUUACUACAUAGAUUCCAUCAGUGCCAGCAGGCUAGACGUCUUUAAGACUAGCCGCUAUGGUGCGUAUGCAUUAUUCACCAGCGCUGUGAUGCUGAGCUACCUCUGGAGUGAUCACGGGGGCCAUGGGGCGGCACUCCUUGGCAAGAUUGACAAAGAAGGAUCUGUUGAGCAUGAAAUCUCUGGGGGCGUUGUGUUCAGUGGACUGUUGUUUAUAUUUGCUACAAUGAUUCUUGGCUUCCCUGUUCUUAAGACCAACGCUAAAGGCAGUCUCGUGGGUUAUACAGCCAGCGGGCUUCCUCUCUAUAACUUCACUGGCGACGCCCUCCAUAGGACAUCCCAGUCUGUCGUCACCAUCUCCAAAAACAUCUUGAGACAGAUCCUUGAGGAAUAUGAUUCCAGACAGAUCUUCUACUACCUUUGUAUAAAUCUGGUGUUCACUUUUGUAGAGCUGAUUUACGGAGUGUGGACCAACAGCCUUGGUCUCAUAUCAGAUGGUUUCCACAUGCUGUUUGAUUGCACUGCGCUGGUAUUGGGACUGUCUGCUGCUGUGAUGUCUAGAUGGAAAGCAACAAGGGUUUACUCCUACGGAUUCGGUAGAGUUGAGGUUCUGUCGGGCUUUGUGAACGGUCUGUUCCUUGUGGUCAUUGCUUGCUUUGUGUUCAUAGCAGCUAUUGGAAGAUUGUUGGACCCACCAGAAAUCAACACGGAACGAUUAUUGACUGUGUCCAUCGCUGGCUUACUUGUCAACAUGAUUGGCAUCUUUGCAUUUAGCCAUGCGCAUAGCCACGCCCAUGGGGGAGGCGGCUGCAGCCAUUCACAAGGAGGUGGAAGUCACUCCCAUACUGGUAGCCAUGGGCACAGCCAUAACAAUGUCAGCCAGAGCCACAGUCAUAGCCACAACAAUAGUCAGGCAGCCAAGAAAAAGACAAACUCAAAUAUGCAAGGUGUCUUUCUUCAUGUUUUAGCAGACACCCUUGGCAGCGUCGGAGUAAUUGUCUCCUCAUUCCUGAUUGGUCAGUUUGGGCUCCUUGUGGCAGAUCCCAUCUGCUCCGUCUUUAUCGCCGUAAUGAUUUUUCUAAGUGUGCUUCCUCUACUGACGCAGACCGCGGCCAUUUUGGUGCAGAGAAUACCCGGAGAGCUGGAGAACAGUGUUGCAGAUGGUCUUAAAAAAGUGAAGCUUUUAGAUGGAGUUUUAUCUUACAGAAACCAUCAUUUCUGGUGUCAUUCGGCUGAUAAUUUUGCUGGAACACUCCACGUUCAAGUGACUGCCAAUGCCAACGAACAAAAAGUCAUACAACAGGUGAUGGCAAUUUUCAAGGAAUGUGGAGUUCAGAACUUCAGCGUCCAGGUUGAGAAAGAGGAAUACUAUCAGCAUAUGUCUGGUCUGAGUGUGACCUUUGACCAGAUGGUGGAGAUGACCCAACAGUUAAACACCAUUGGUCAGCCGGAGGACGGACUGUAUGACAUCAAAGCAGUUUGAUGGUACAUGUACCUGUGGUAACAGGUGCCAUCUUGUUAGUAUUUUCUACUUUGGGUUUUGGGAUGUUUGCAACAUUGAGCAUGUUACGCAUACAUCAAGGUAACUUUGAAAGCGGGGCAAAAUUGCUUAUGUCACACUUAGGAAACAGCAUUUAUACUGCUUGUUUGCCUCACAAAUAAUGGCUUUACAUUCGCUUUUGCCUUAAAGGGGCUGUGUUGUCAUGAUUAAAGCACUCUAUUCAACUGUCCAUUUUAGGGCUUAAUCACCCACAAAAGAUUAAGUCAGGUAAUUUUUCAGUAAAGUCUCUAUGUGCCUGGCAUUUGCAUCUAUUUUGACAACCUGUAGUUGGAUGCCUGAAGAUUUUAUGCCAAAAUAAAUGUAGCAAACCCCUGAGGAUAAGAGUAUUGGGAUGAAUGAUAUUUUGAGUUGCGACCAUGAUUGGUUACUGUAUUUUGUUUGUGUGAGGUCAAAUCAUUCGCAGGGAGCUAUAGUAACCAUGGUCAAUCACUGAAGAAGAUUUUUUCCAACUCAAUCUGUUAAAACAUGUAUUGCUGAUGGUUCGUAUCAUAAUUUCCAGAAGUUAUAAAAAUGGGAGUGUCAUAUUUCUGUACAUAUACAUUUAAGUUGUGUAAGUAGAACAAAACUACAAAAGCUGCAUUCCAACUGUUUAUUUCAGAUACAAGUUUACCACUAGGGGAAUGAUGACAUUGAAGUAAAAAAAAUAAUUUUACAGAUCUUUUUUGGAACCACAAAAAUCAUUAAGACUAGAGAUUAGGUACCAUCUGAUCGUACCUCCACCUUUGCUUGGUCCCUCAUCAUCCAGAUGCGCUGGGAUGGGAUGCUGUAAUGUGAGUGCGCAUGAGACCAUUCCCCAUGACCUGAACCCCAUGUCAAAUCCUCCUGUUUACG